AUGUCGACGUUAGAGGAAUUGGCAGAUCAAGAUAACGUGCUAGAUGACGAAAUUUUGACGGCACCAACCUCAGAUAUCAUCAACAGAACCAAGCUUUUGGAUAACGAUAUCAAGGUCAUGAGGUCCGAAUCUCAAAGAUUGACUCAUGAGAAGACCGUGAUGUUGGAAAGAAUCAAAGAUAACCAAGAGAAAAUCAACAACAACAAGCAGUUACCUUACCUUGUAGGAAAUGUGGUUGAGUUGUUGGAUCUCAACGCCGAAACUGAGGCCUCCGAGCAAGGUGCUAAUGUAGACUUAGAUGCUGCCAGGUCCGGUAAAUCUGCAGUGAUUAAAACAUCAACCAGACAAACCAUAUUCUUACCAUUGAUCGGGUUGGUUGAUCCUGCCACUUUAAAGCCCAAUGAUUUGAUCGGGGUGAACAAGGAUUCGUACUUAAUCUUGGACACAUUACCAUCAGAAUACGACUCCAGAGUGAAGGCCAUGGAAGUCGACGAAAAGCCAACUGAAGAUUACUCCGAUAUCGGAGGGUUGGACAAGCAAAUUGAAGAAUUGAUCGAAGCCGUGGUCUUGCCAAUGAAGCAGGCUGACAAGUUCAAGGCUCUAGGAAUCAAGCCACCAAAGGGUGCUUUGAUGUAUGGACCUCCUGGUACUGGUAAGACUUUGUUGGCAAGAGCAUGUGCUGCGCAAUCUGGUGCCACUUUCUUAAAAUUAGCAGCUCCACAGUUGGUUCAAAUGUUUAUCGGUGACGGUGCCAAGUUGGUCAGAGAUGCGUUUGCACUUGCCAAAGAGAAGGCCCCAACCAUUAUCUUUAUUGACGAGUUGGAUGCCAUUGGUACUAAGAGAUUCGAUUCGGACAAGAGUGGUGAUAGAGAAGUGCAAAGAACCAUGUUGGAGUUAUUGAACCAGUUGGAUGGUUUCGGUUCAGACGACAGAGUCAAGGUGUUGGCAGCUACGAAUAGAGUGGACACAUUGGAUCCUGCCUUGUUGAGAUCCGGUAGAUUGGACAGAAAGAUCGAGUUCCCGUUACCUUCAGAAGAAGCUAGAGAGUCCGUUUUGAAGAUUCACGCCAGAAAGUUGAACUGUGACAACAACUCGGUCAACUGGAGAGAGUUGGCCAGAUCUACCGACGAGUUCAACGGUGCUCAAUUGAAGGCCGUCACCGUGGAGGCCGGUAUGAUUGCCUUGAGAAACGGUAAGUCAAUAAUCAAGCACGAAGACUUCGUGGAAGCCAUAGGAGAAGUUCAAGCUAGAAAGAGUAAGUCUGUGAACUUCUAUGCUUAG